AGAAUGCCUGAGUGGAAAAUAGACGUCUAUGGUGCAACGGAGCAGGCAGGAUCGUGGGCAGCUAGGCCAGCUCAAAACGCCCAAACGCAGCAGUUUGGGUUAAUUCGGCUAUUUGUGAACGCUCAGUUUAUACAUAAAUGCUAGGACAUUUAAGUCCCUAAAAUGUAUUACGUCAAAUAGACGCAAACAAUUUUUUUAGCAUAUGUGAUGUAUGCAGUUUUGUUGUUAUAAAAAAGAACUGAUUGAGCUAACGACAAUGCUGCGUAACUAGCUUAAUGCUAACCCAUUAGCCGUUGUGGUCGUAGACAUAUUGAGGUAAAACAUUACUCUGACGGAUUAAAAUGAGAUAACGUAAGACAAAUUUCUCCACAAAUAAAGUGUGUCUCAAUAAGUGAACAAGAGAUGGCUAUCUUCUUUUGUUAAAGCACAGAAUCUCCCACUCCAAACAUAUACAUUCAUGCUAACUUCCUCCAUUGUUUUACCCCGGCUAUACUAUACUCAGAAAGGAUUGCUGUUAUAAUUCAAACUGGAGAAUUACAUUAUUUAUUUUAUUCCGACGGAUUUCUUUUAUGCCUUUUAACACAAACUUGAGGGAACUAUAAGUUGGAUGCUUCAUUAUAGAGUUAAGCAAUUCCUAAACACUAAAAGCAAACUAACACGGACAUACAAAAGUUAUGGAUGCAGAGGAGAAUGAGGUGGAGAGCAGCAGUGAUGCAGGGCCCUCAGGGAUGGAGGAGCCGUCUGAAAGUGGAAUGGGUAUGGAGUCAUCUGAGGCCAUGUCCGCAGAUAGCAGUGAUGCUGCUGCCCCUCACGCGCAGGCCCCAGAGUCAGACUGUCAUGUGGGACAGAGCUCAGAGGGUCUUGUGGUGUUCAUUCCAGAAACCAGCUCCAGUACAGAUGUCAGAGUUUCAUCAGUUCACCUCCCAGACUCGUCCUCCAUUGCUCCGUCCACCAGUGUGUCCACUGUGACUCAAUCAGUGCUGGUGUCUGAAUCAGCACAAGUGCUGGUCCACUCCAGCGCCGUGUCAGAAGGAGCCAUGGUGGUUUCUGACUCCACUGCCUCCACUUCAUCCGAUCUUGGCUCUGCCAUUGAUAAGAUCAUAGAAUCCACUAUUGGCCCUGAUAUAAUGAAUGGAUGCAUAGCAGUUACCAGUGCAGAAGAUGGAGGUGCAGAAACUACACAGUACCUGAUAUUACAAGGACCAGAUGAUGGGGCUCCUAUGGUGGCUCAGAUGUCAUCCUCCUCUUUCUCCAAUCGUGUGGCUAUUGACGCUCUCCCUGAAGGUCCAACAUCCACCUGUCUGGAUCAAGGAGACCUGCAGGGCAGUCUGGAACCUGACCAGCCCGAUGAUCGGCCUGGAUACUCCGGUUACCCUGAGGACAGCAGCAGUCAGCCUGACCAACCUCAACACUCCCACCCCUCCCAGUACAUGGACUGCAGUGCAGACGGACCAGACCAGACAAAGGAGUCCUCAUCUUCCUAUGUGCAGUGUUCAGUUGAAGAACCUGACCAAACGCGCUCUCAGUCAAGCUUUCCUGACUACAGCGGGAAUAACAGUGAUCAGGACAUGCUGGGAUAUGUGGAGUGCAGUGGGGCAGACUCAAAUCCAACCAGCCGCAGUCACCACGUGGUAGAGUGCAGCAACGGGUAUUUUGAGUGUGUAAUUAAUGACGGAGAGAAGCCACAGCACUCCCGCAAUUACAUUGACAGCAGCGCAGACCACAAGACCCAGACAAGACGCCAAUAUGGGGCUGAUUACAGUGGAGACUGUGCAGACUCUGAGCAGCCAGGUUGUUCCAGGUACCAGUCAAGGGAUGAUGAUGAUGAAGAUGACGAGCAAAACCAGGACCCCGAUCAACCGCAGCACUCUCAGCAGCAGCCCCAACACUCCUGUUACAUGGAGAACAGCAAUGGGCCUGAGGCGUCUGUCUAUGCUGAUGACAGCUCCUCGUCAGAACCCCCACAGGCAGACACAGCUGGUUCUGGUGGACUCCCUGAGGCACUGGAGUGCAGUGAAAGCCAAAGUGGGAUCUAUAUUAGCAGCAGUGGCACAUAUGUGUCUUUUCUGCUUGCCCAGCAGAGCUCUCCUAGACAAGAAGAGCCCCAAGGUUCCCAUGAUGAAGCUGGACAGUCUCCUAGACAAGAAGAGCCCCAAGGUUCCCAUGAUGAAGCUGGACAGUCCAGAGACAUGAAAACCCCACCUGCAGCUGAGGGUUCUGGAAACCAGCCACCAAACCUGGCUGAGUUAGAGGACCUGAUGGAGGUGGUGAUCGUACAACAGUUCAAGUGCAAGAUGUGUCCAUACAAGAGCACGUCCAAGGACACACUCAUCAACCAUAUGAAGGACAAGCACUUCAAACCUGCAGGAGAAUCACCAAAGAAGCGUAAACGUGGACGUCCUCCUAAAAGUGAAACAUUAGCCCGUCAGAAAGCAGAGAGGGAGGCGGCGGAGGAGAGGAAGGCAGCAGAGAUGAAGGAUAAACCUCAGAAAGCGGAAGAGGAGGAAGACGAUAUUGUUGAUGCUGGUGCUAUUGAUGAUCCUGCAGAGGACAGUGACUACAGCCCUGCUGAUGAUGAUGGCAAAGGAAGACCUCCAGCUGUUCUGAGGAAACCCUCUACUCCCAUUUCCUCCUCCUCCUCCUCCUCCUCUUCCUCCUCCUCACAGGGACGGCCUCGGCGAAAGGUGGGCCGUCCAAGAAAGUACUAUGUUUCUGAUGAAGCUCACAGCGGUAAAGAAGCAGAAAGCACUGACACGAUGGCGGGUGUAGAUCCUAGCACACCCGAGGAGGCAAGCUCCUCUGGUUUGGGCAACAAUACAGAAAUGUUGUCUCUUGGAGACAAAGCGGUAGCUGCAAUAAGCCAGUCAGACUCUGAAAACAAAGACCCGUCAUCCAACUCGCAACCCGAGGAGGAGUUUUUCCCAAAAAAGCGUGGCAGACCUUCCAAGCGUUUCUUACGCAAGAAAUAUAAGAAAUACAUCAAUCGAAAUCGGUACUAUAAGUCCUUUAAACCUCUCCUGCGACCUCACAACUGCUGGAUCUGUGGCUCCCGGUUCCUUACUCAGGACGAUUUGCGCUUUCAUGUAAACUCUCAUGAAGGCAAUGACCCAGAGUCUUUUAAAUGCCUGAAGUGCAACUAUCGCUGCAAGCGCUGGUCCUCUCUCAAGGAGCACAUGUUCAAUCACGAAGGCACAAAGCCUUUUAAAUGUGAGGAGUGUGACUAUUCAAGUGUCUACCGCAAAGAUGUCAUUCGCCAUUCAGCCGUCCACAACAAAGACAAGAAAAGAAAGACUGAAUUGGCACCAAAGGUGUCAGAGUUCCCCUGCCCUGUAUGUGGCAGAGUUUACCCCAUGCAAAAGAGGCUCACCCAGCACAUGAAGACCCACAGCUCAGAGAAACCACACAUGUGUGACAAGUGUGGAAAAUCCUUCAAAAAGCGGUACACAUUUAAAAUGCACCUGCUGACCCACAUCCAGAGUCUUGGAGAAAACAAGUUUAAAUGUGAGUUUUGUGACUAUACGUGUUCGAACAAGAAGCUGCUGCUCAAUCAUCAGCUGUCCCACACUAAUGACAGACCCUUCAAGUGUGACUACUGUAAAUAUUCCACAUCCAAAGAGGAAUUUCUGGUCUCCCACCUGGCUAUUAAGCACACAGGAGAGAAACCCUUCUCCUGCGACAUGUGUCACUUCAUGACCAAGCACAGGAAGAACCUGAGGCUACACGUGCAGUGCCGCCACCCUGAAGCUUUUGACGAAUGGUCUCUAGCUCACCCCGAAGAGCCUGCAAUGAGACGACGAAGACCUUUCUUCAGCCUGCAGCAGAUUGAAGAUCUCAAACAAAAGAACGACGAAGCACAAGAUUUGCAAAAUACUAUUGUCACAGUGGAUUCUGCAACUCUGCAGGCCAUGCAGGGGAUGGAUAAAGCUUCAGUGUCUCAAGAUGCCUUAGGAAACACUACAAUAAUUUAUGAACAAACUGAAUCCUCUGAUCUCUCUGCUCAAAACGCCCUGGACCUGCUGCUGAAUAUGAGCAACGCUCGAGAACUAGUGGGAAACGGCUUGCAGGUAGCAGUGCUGAAGUCGGAUGGAAAAACCUUGGAAAAUGGCGCCCUGAGUUCUGUAACGGCGGCACCCGGUCAAACACAAAAGAUUGUGACCUUCCACGUGUCUGAAAAUGGAGAGACGGUGCUGCAGGAGGCCUAUGAGGCUGCCACCUCUGAAACAGGAGAGCUAACCCACAUCGCCAUCGAAGCCUGUGAGGCAGCAGAAGAUUUCUGUGUGGAGGAGCAAGCUGCUACAGAAAUACACAACGCCAGCUACAGUAAUGGUGAGAACAGUUCUCAGAUUUUAGAAGUCUCAGAAUCUGAGAGCCUAAAGGGUGACAAGUACUAUCUGACUUCUGCACUGGCUGAUGGCAUUCUGCAACAAGUGGAGUUGAGCAGCGAAGCUCCAGCUUCUCCUUCUGCAGUGGGUUCUCCCAGUCUCGGCACAAAGAGGUUUUCCUGUCGCAUCUGCAUGGAGACCUUCCAUGGACGUUCUGACAUGGAAAACCACAAGAGGGCGCACUUGGACCCCAACACCUUUAAGUGUACAGACUGUGAAUUCACCUCCACCUCCUGGUCUGAGGUCAAAGCUCACUUGGGGCAGCAUUCCUACCUGCGUCCCCAUAAGUGCUCAAGCUGCAGCUUUGCUUCAAAGAACAAGAAAGACCUGCGCAGACACAUGAUGACCCACACCAAUGAGAAACCAUUUGCUUGUAAAUUUUGUAGUCAAAGGUUUAAUCGUAACGGUCAUCUAAAAUUUCACAUGGAGCGUCUCCACAAUCAGGAUCAUCCCACUCGCAAAAGCCGCACCGCCACAUCUCAGCAAACCAUCAUCGUGCAGAGUGAUGAGGAGGCUUUAGCCACACUGCAGUCCUUGCAGUCUCAUCAGAGGGGGAUCACUCCAGAGGAGCUGCAGGCUCUGGGACAUGAUCACAUUGUUGUAGCUCAGGAGCAGACGAUGUCUGACCAGGAGGAAGGUACAUACAUCCAACAGAUAACAACCAUUGAUGGGCAGACAGCAGUUCAGCAGCUCAUGACUGGAGAAAACCAGGUGACUGAGUACAUAAUCUCACAGGACGGAGUGCAGCUCAUAAUCCCUCAGGAAUACGUGGUUGUAGCUGAUGGUAACCACAUACAGAUGGCAGACGGACAGAUCAUCCAGUACGAGCCAGAGCAACAGAUUGCUGUAAGUCAUGAUGGUCAGAUCCAGUAUCUGCCAGUCAACUGUGAACAACAGAUGGUGAAUCCUGAAGACCUUGAAGCUGCUGCUCACUCUGCAGCUGCAGCAGACGCAGCCAUGGUGCAAACUCAGACCGUCUACACUGAAGCUACACCCGAACAGCUGGAGCAGCUGCAGCAACAGGGCGUCCAGUACGACGUCGUUACUUUCUCCAAUGAGUAAAAUAAUCAAAGCGUGUGGAGCAGGACGAAAAGAAACCAAGGUGGAACGGUGACCUCAACUUAUAUUUGCAUUCAUGCAUUUACCUGGCUGUAAAAUAAAGCAUCUUCUCCUCUGCAGCAUCAUCUGCUCUUGGCAGCAGCUCAGCUCAACAUUAGCAGCUUUUUGUAAACAAGCAUUUAUUUAAAGAGGCUUUGUCUAAACUCCAGUUUAUAUGUGCCUCAGCAGCUUCCACUUGCAAGGCAAUGUUAUUCAAGCAAAUGUUCACGCACAGUUCUAGGAAAUUAUAUUAUGUUUUAGUUUAUUAGUGGAACAAAACAGAAAGAUAAUGUUUUAUUUUGGUAAUAUUACAACAUUGUUGUUUGUGUCGCUGCUGCAACUUUGUGGAACAUUAUUGUAAAUACAUUGCUGUAUUCUUGCAUUUUCUUCUGUAGAUGUGCUUUGAUUUCAUUUGUAAAAAGUGUAUAAUAAGAUAAAAGCUGACACCAAAUAAACCACUCUGUGUACAUGAGCAUAUAUCCCAA